AGAAUGAUUUUUGUCACCUAUCUGAGGAUACGCCUACCUUCUAUAAUUAGAAGUUUGAUUCUACAGAAGAAAUUCAACCCUAGAAGUAUUUCUGGCAUGUCAGGGGCACCUAAACAGGCAAGUGUGGUGAUCCUGCCCAGAUCCUAUGCUGAUGACUUUGAGAAGUUCUGCCAGGCCAACAGUGGUCCUCUGCCCCUACUCCAUAGAAGUGAGCCUGGUGAAUGGAAGCUGCCCACUCUGAGUGCUGGCUCGGACAUCAGAAAUGAUGGUCUGCAGUACAAGAAAUAUGAAUUUGGUUCCUGCGCCGACAACUUGACAAACAUAGAAGGUUAUUCGGAACAGCUUAAAGACAUGGUCACUUUCUACUUGGACCGUAACAUCUCACCCGAAGAGGCAAUGCAGAAGGUGGGGAUUCCAGUAAGGAAUAAAGAAAGUCACUGCAACAUGGGCACAUACAAGACAGCCGUUCCUUGCUCCACUGUUGGUAGCUUUUGCUGCCCUCUAGUGGUUACCAUGACGCCUAUUCCUAAGGACAAACUGGAGGCCAUUCUACGUGACAUUUACCUAAGCAAAGGGGUGCAAGGAAUGCCCAUUCACAUUGGCUGCCCAGACCUGUUGGGAAUCGAAGAUUGUUCCAAACCAGAAUACGGGGAACCAAUGACGCUUCGGCCAGGAGAUGUCCCAGUGUUUUGGGCCUCAGAGGUGACAAGCCUAGAAGCUGUUAGAAGCUGCAGGUCACCACUGGCUUUUGCCAGUGCUCCUGGAUGUGCAGUUGUUAUUGACCAGAAGGAUAAAAGGAUUCAAGUGAGUCAUCUUGAGGAAGUCCCAGAGGUCCAUUGCAUUUCCCAAAAUCCUCUGCAGUACAGCAUUACUUCAUCUUUCAGUGUGCAGAAAAUUAGAGAGCUAGAAAACAUAAUUGCCAGAGAUCCAGGGAACCGAGGAAUAAAACAUCUGUUCACCAAAGAUGAACUGCUGAAGGCCUCUCUGUCCCUGUCACACGCUCGUUCGGUGCUCAUCACCACUGGAUUCCCUACCCAUUUCUCUCAUGACCCACCUGAAGAGACUGAUGGUCCCCCAGGAGCUAUCGCAAUAGCCGCCAUUUUGCAAGCGUUAGAAAAAGAGGUUGCCAUUGUUGUUGAUGGGAGGGCCAUGAGCUUGCACAGAAAGAUUAUUGAAGAUUCGGUCGAUCAAGGUGUUCUGAAGACAACAGUACCUCUGUUAAGUUACCAAGGUGAGGGAGUAGGAUCGGCUUUCAUGUUUUUGUGUAAGGAUGGGGAUCCCAAGUCACCAAGAUUUGAUCACUUAGUGGCCAUAGAGCGCUCAGGAAGGGCAGCUGAUGGCAAUUACUACAAUGCUCGAAAAGUUAAUAUUAAGCAUCUAGUUGACCCCAUUGAUGAUCUCUUCCUGGCUGCACAGAAGAUCCCUAGAAUCUCAUCAACUGGUGUUGGGGAUGGAGGGAAUGAACUCGGGAUGGGAAAAGUCAAAACGUCUGUGAAGAGGUACAUCAAGAAUGGGGAUGUCAUAGCCUGCGAUGUGGAAGCAGAUUUUGCUGUCGUAGCUGGUGUUUCCAACUGGGGAGGCUAUGCUCUGGCCUGUGCACUCUAUUUACUGAACACCAGCAACCUACACAAGCACUACCUACAGAAAGCUGUUGGAUCCCCCACCACCUCAUCACGAGCACUGGCCUGGGCUCAGGCACUCCCAUCUGUCUUAAAGGAAGAGAAGAUGAUGAAAAUCUUAGUACAACACCAAGUCCGGAGUGGAAUAACUGGCAAUGUGGGGAUGGAAGUGGAUGGUCUGCCCUUCUAUGGCACUCACGCUGAAAUGAUCCAAGAGCUGAUUGAUGUUACCACCAUGUGACACAGACACACACACAGACACACACACACACACACACACUUUAUAUAAUCUCCAUCACCCUUUCUACUUCCCCACUUCCCCUCAUACCUACAUAUUCCACCUUAAAGUGGCUGGGCUGUAGUCUUGUGCCAAGUCAGGGGAAUUCGGAGAUUGUAAGAGAUCAUGGGUAGGAAUCCAACAUGUGGAGACAAAUGCAAAUUCAAAGGUAACUGGAAAGAAUUGGGAGGGAGGCAUUCUUCUCAUCACCCUCCACUUGCCCAGGAGGUCAUAACAAUGGAGAUAUAGAGGAAUUGAUUCCCUUCUAGACUAGCUUUGAAAAUUUACUGAGGAUAAAAAAGCCACAAAAUCAUGCAUGAUAGGGCUUUGUGGUUUAGCAUAGUGAAAGGGGAACAGCCUUAGAUCUUCAUCUAAAGAACCACAGCUGAAUCUGUGUGUGCCAGUGAGCACAUCACAACCUCUUUGGUCUUCUUUUUCCUCGCCAACAAAAUGAGGAGGUUAGACUGUAUAACUUCUAAAAGAUCUUCCAGUUUAAAUCUGUGAUCUUUUGUGGGUGGACUUGGAGGGGAGACCAAGUAAAACAUUUCCAGGGAAUCAAUCAUUUUGUUUGCAUUUCUUUUAUCUCUUAAAACUUCAAUACUAAGAUUUAAAUAUGCAAUAAGAAAGGAAGAAGAAACAUUAUAAACUUAAAUACAAAAUAAGAAAAAACAUAAGAGAGGAUUCAAAAUAUACAACAAUAAAUUUCCAUUUCAAGAAAGCCUAUAUAAUAAAUACUACACCUUGAGUUCUGAGCUGUCCAUCUUUUUUUUUUGCUUCCUUGUGAGUUUUCUUUUGUUCUCUGCUGUGCACUUUUUACUUUGUUCUUUUUUCCACCUUCCUCCCCCACUUCCCCAAGCAGGCUACAAUUAAGCAGAAGAUAUGUGUCUCACAUACACAUAUUUACACAUAUGCAUAUAUACACAAACAUAUAUACAUAUACACACAUACAUAUACUUACAUAUACUUAGAUAUCUAUAAUCAUACUCAUAUAUAGACAUAUACAUUCAUAUGCAUCUAUGUAAGAUCAUACUAUACUUGUCUGUCCUGCUUCUCUGAGGGUGGACAAUGUCCUCCUUCAUAGGUCCAAAUCUUUCCAUAUUUUUCUAAGUCUACCAACUCAGUAUUUCCUAUACCACAGUAAUAUUCAGACUUUAUUGACUAGUUAUUUUAAACAGUCUAAAACAAUAUUGAUUAAUAGGGCUGGAAUAUAGUGUGGUUUCCCUAUUUUUCUCUUUUGAUUAAAUCUAUUUUAGCUUUAACUUUGUCUAAGAUCAUAAUUACUACCCCUGCUUUUUUCCCUAAUAAAUUCUAUGCCUGAUUUUUAU